GAGCUAAUCAAGCUGGAUGAGCUUAUAUACAAGGCGCAGCUGUUCAGUCAGCGCCUGGAACAGCGGAUUUCCAAAUUAGAGGCGGACCCACUGCUUUCCCAGGAAGAGUUGAACAUGAAGAAUCAACAGAUCACCACACUGCAAAACGAGCUGAGUUGUCGGAACAAGUCGUGUACCACUCUCAAUUCAAUGGUUAAUCAGUUUAUG